GCCACCCCGGAGGCCAUCCGUGAGUGCUUGGCGAAGGAGUACCCCCGGAAUGUCACGAUCAUUAUUCCUGGCGGCAUAUCGGAGAUGUUUAAAAUCCGUGAAGAUGUCGAGGUCUCGUGUGCCAACACUCGCUUGGGAUUUGUGAAGCUGGCCAAAGAGCAGGGGGUAAUGCUCGUGCCUGGCUACAUGCUCGGGAACUCGCAGCUCUACCAGGUGGCGAAGGGAUUCCUCGGACAGCUCUUUGAGAACAUCAGCCGCCGGCUAAAGACCUCCAUCACCCCUUUCCAUGGGCGCUGGGGCACGCUUCUGUUCCUCGGCCCUUCUUUGUCUAGGGUUGCGGUACAGGAGCAUAAGCAGUAA